CCGACGUCACUGAACAGUGACAGCAAAGAUGGCGGCGCCCUUAGUGAGAGCUGCAAGAGCACCCAUAGCAGGGCGGCUGCUGAGUACCUCCGCUUCUUUAUGCAAACGAGCUGCACCCCUGGGCCCUCUCCCAAAUGAUCAAUUUGAAGGUAAAGACGUGGAGUCGUUGGAGAAAUAUAGAAGCAUAACCCGAUAUUACAAAGUAGCCGAAGCAGAGAGCAAGAAACCAAGUUGGUGGAAAACAUACGAACACUACCAGCAGACAAAAGCAGAUGAUGUAAAAGCAGUUGUGGACAUAGGAUUUCCAGUCUACAGGGCUUCUUUUAUCAAAAAGGCAAAAGCCAGAAAAGAAUUGCUGAAGGAGAACCACAGAAAUCUGGAGUUGGAGAGGGCCUCCCGCCACCGAACAUUGCAAAUUCCACUGGAUGAAGUUCGAGAAGAAUGGGAGAUAAUCAGUGGACCAUUUCAUGUACAGAAUGUGGCCAAGCACUAUGGAGUUUACAAAGACCUUUUUGGAGAAGCUACGUUUGUUCCCACUGUCCCACUGAAGGUCUACUACAACAAAGGAGAGGAGUUUGUUUUACCUGUUCACCACGGGAAUAUGGUGACUCCUUCUGAGGCUUCUACACCUCCUGAGGUGACAUUUGAAGCAGAACAAGACUCUCUGUGGACUCUGCUACUUACCAAUCCAGAUGGCCACCUGAGAGAGACAGACUCUGAAUACGUUCAUUGGUUGGUAGGAAACAUCCCUGGGAACCAGGUUCAUUCUGGCAUUGAAAUUUGCCAUUACUUUCCACCAUUCCCUGCUAAAGGGACUGGUUACCACAGAUACAUCUUUAUUCUCUUUAAGCAGGAAGGGCACAUAGAUUACAGGGACGAUCUGAGACCAAACCCAUGUCACAGCUUGAAGCAGAGAACUUUUAAAACAUUGGAAUUCUACAGGAGACACGAGGACAGCUUGACUCCAGCUGGUCUGGCCUUCUUCCAGUGUAAAUGGGAGGAGAGUGUAACACAGGUUUACCACCAGCUACUGAACAUGAGAGAGCCCAUUUUUGAAUUUGAACGCCCCCCUGUAUAUCACCCACCACAAGUGAAAUAUCCUCAUGGCCAACCGCUAAGGUACUUGGACCGAUACAGGGAUUCUGAGGAGAGCUCUUUUGGGAUUUACUGAGAAGGCAAAUCCAAGGCACCCAGCUAUCAAUCCACAGGAGAGCAAUGGAACUUGCCUGCUGAUGAUGAUGUUCACUUUUUAACUUCAGCCACUUCACAAGAUGUUUUAUCCCUGGUGUGAUUCUGAGACGCUAAGAUCUGCCAAAUUUCUCACUGCAUCUGUUUAAAAGCAAUUGCUUAAAAUCAUAGGUAUUUAUAAUGGCUAAACAGAGUUUACUAUUAGGAGUCAGUGAAUUUGUGAUCAUGGUAUUCAGUACGCAUCAGCUGAAGAGGGAUAAAAAGACGACCACACUGAAGUCUGAAUUGUGAGUUGUUAUUUGAAACGAAAAGAGAAAUAACAAUUAUGUGAUACUCCUGGAGGCUGUGGAGAUGUCUGUCAUGGUUUUGUACGUAAUUUAAAAAUUAAAAGUAUCUUCUAAAA